AUGAGGGCGGCUCUCGCCCUGCUGCUUCUUGUAGCUGCUGUGCACGCUGAGCACCGAGGUAAAGCUUAUGUCCGGGACAAAGUUUGCCGGGAGUUCCAGAUGCUGGGGAAGGAGGACUUCCGAACCCUGACCAUCAUUGCCAAGAGCAGGAAAUUCUCCAACGCCACCUUCGAGGAGAUUGACCACCUUGUCCGCGAAAUCGUCUCCCUGGCUGAGACCUGCUGUGCCGACGGCGCCGACCCCUCCUGCUACGAUGCCGGGUCCUCGGCUCUGUCGGCCAAAUCCUGCAGUGAGAGCUCUCCCUUCCCGGCUCACCCUGGCACGGCCGACUGCUGUGCCCACGAAGGGCUGGAGCAGAAGCUGUGUCUCGCCGCCCUGCGGCACCCGCCCCAGCAGCUGCCCCGCUAUGUCCAGCCCUCCAACGAAGAACUCUGCCAGGCCUUCAAAAAGGACCCCAAGGACUUCGCAGACAGGUUUCUGCAUGAGUACGCCAGCAGCUAUGGCCAGGCACCCCUGCCUGUGCUCCUGGGCUCUACUAGGGCCUUCCUCUCCAUGGUCUCCACUUGCUGCAUCUCCCCCAAGCCCACUGCCUGCUUCCUGAAGGAGAAACUUGAAAGGAAAACCCUCUCGCUCCUCACCUUGACGUCAAACCGGGUUUGCUCCCGCUUCACGGCGUAUGGGAAGGACAAAGUCAUCUUCAGCUACCUCACCUCCCUGGCUCAGAAGAUUCCCGGAGCCUCCUUCGAGGACCUUUUGCCCCUGGCAGAAGACGCUGCCGAGGUGUUUUCCCAGUGCUGCGACUCGGUGGCCGAGGACUGCAUGCAGAGAAAGCUAUCUGAGCACACGGCCAAAGCCUGCGGCGUGCUGUCGGCCCGUGACGAGAGGUUCGCCGAGUGCUGCAAGGGGAAAAACCUCGUGCAAAAUCAUUUCUGCAUCUCGGCCCUGCCUCCCGCGCCCGCGCCCGAACUGCCAGAGGCGCAGAAGCCGACGGACAAGCAGCUCUGCGGCGAGGAGGGGGCUCGCAAUGCCAAGAGGUAUCUGUUUGAGCUGGCACGGAGGCACACCAGCGUCCCUGAUGCCUUCCUCAGCAAGCUCUACGAUGCUUCCCAAAAAGUCAGGGAGGAGUGUUGCUCCGCCAAGGACACCUCAGCCUGCCUGGGCAGCAAGCGCCAGCAGAUGGGAAAAAAGCUGCCCCCCAUCCUGGAAAAAGCCAACCAGUUCUGCAGGCAGUACACCGAGUUAAACUUCCUUGACUUCAAGAAGAGGCUGCGGGAGAGCUUGAUGGCGACGAUGCCGGAGGGCAGCCCAAAAGGCCCCGGCCCCGAGCGGCUGGGGAGGCUGGUGGAGCAGCGAGCCGACUUCGCAUCUACCUGCUGCCCCCCCAACUCGCCCCCCCUCUAUUGCGCCUCCAAGGUGAGCUCGGAGCUGGGAGAGGCUUGA